AGAUAAGUGUGAGUCGGCCGUUAUGUGGCCAGUGCUAGCGGCUAGCUGCUAGCGACUAGUGGCCAGUAGACACGCGGCAGUACGAGCGACAUGGCGUCCUACACCGUUUAUAUUUUACUUGCUUUUAUUUACUAUGCGCGCGCGGUGCAGGUGCCCACCAUCAAGCUGAACGACGGGCACCAGAUGCCGGCGCUGGCGCUCGGCACGUGGCUGGGCAACAACACGCAGGCGACGCCGCAGCGCGAGGCGGCGGUGGAGAGCGCGGUGGCGUGGGCGCUGGCGGCGGGCUACCGGCACAUCGACACCGCCUGGAUCUACCGCACCGAGGCGCCCGUGGGCCGCGCGCUGCGGGCUUCGGCCCUGCCCCGGGACCAGCUGUUCGUCACCACCAAGCUGUGGGUGGACCACCACGCGCCCGACCGGGUGGUGGAGGCUCUGCGGGGCUCGCUGGAGAAGCUGCAGCUGGACUACGUGGACCUGUACCUCAUCCACUGGCCGUGCGGGCAGUUCGCCAACCAGUCGUAUGACCUGACGGACCACCUGGACACGUGGCGCGGCAUGAUGGAGGCCAAGCAGCUCGGCCUCACCAGGUCCAUCGGCCUGUCCAACUUCAACCAGCACCAGAUCCAGCGCAUCCUGGACGCCGGCCUCGACAAGCCGCAAGUCCUGCAAGUCGAGCUAAACUUGAGCCUGCAGCAGCCGUCCCUGCUGGCGUACUGCGCGGCGCAGGACAUCGCGGUGACGGCGUACACGCCCUUCGGCUCGCUGUUCCCCGCCAAGGCGCGCCCCGACGCGCCGCCGCCGCGCGCCGACGACCCCGCGCUCGUGCAGAUCGCGCACAAGUACAACAAGACGGUGCCGCAGAUUGCUCUGCGCUAUUUGGUGGAGCUGGGAGUAGCGCCUCUCCCCAAGUCCCUGACCAAGAGCCGGAUCGAACAGAACGUGGACAUCUUCGACUUCCAGCUGACGCCGGAGGAGAAGCAGCUGCUGAAGAGCUUCGACAGGGGCUACAGGACUCUGCCGCAGCUCAAGUGGCUCGACCACCCUUACUUCCCCUUCGAGAAGAACUAACUUGAUCUUUAGGUUAUAGAAACUACGGAAACGACAAGGCAAUAGACAUUACAGUCUUACAGCUACAUUGCGUCUUACAUUUGUACAAUGCCGGUGUAUAAACAGAAAUGUACAUCGCAGACCACGUGUUGCUUCCACAGUAUUAGAUCUAAGCAUUAUUUAGUGUGUGGAAUGUUGCCUUGUUAAGAUUUCUACACAUGUAGCCUACUUGUUGGUUGUUGGUUUAAUAAAGUUGUGUGUUUUAUAAAAA